CUUUCCGCCCGGGAGGAGAGACCGCGCGUGGGGCGGGAGCUGCUUCCCCGCGGGCCGGGGCGGGGGCAGCGCCGAUCCGCUCCUCCCCUUCGCGCCGUCCGCGCCGCGGCUCAGCAGCACAAAAGACAGAGUGCCUGUUUCCUUGAAGUUAACCCCAAGCUGAGUCCUCACUGCAGACACAGUUUGCUGAAGAUGAUGCUGGGCAGAGCAGCUUCUUGCUGUGUCAGCUAUGGAAGGCCACCUUUGUGCUAACUUGAAGACUUGUGUGGGAAAACCUCUGGCAGCCAGUCCUCCAUCCUGCAUUGCUUUGCUGAAGGUAUACCGAGAGCUUCUGGUCAGUAAGAUCCGGCACACCCAGUGUUUGCUUGACAACUUGAUUAACAAUGAGUACUUCUCCACUGAAGAUGCAGAGAUUGUUGUCCAGUUUCCAACUCAAGCAGAUAAGGUUCGCAAAAUUCUAGACUUGGUUCAAAGCAAGGGAGAGGAAGUUUCAGAAUAUUUCAUCCGUGUCCUGCAGAAAGUCACUGAUGCUUACUAUGAACUCCAGCCUUGGCUGGAUGAAAUAGGUUACCAGCCUUCAGAGAAUAUUUGUAGUAAACCUGUGGUAAAUACAGAUCCAGUUAGCAGGUAUUGCCAAAAACUGAGAUAUGAACUGGGACGGGACUCCAAAUUCGUUAUGUCGUAUGCGCAGAGGGAAGAGAUGCUGCUGGAAGAAAUCUACUCUAACAGUAUUAUGGAGAUGGUCAAUUUUACCAAUGAGAGCCUGGGUGAAGUGUGUCAAUUACAAGCCCUUUUUGAUGAUGCAGUUGGGGUAAUAAAUGAAGAUGGAGAGACUAUUUAUGUCUUUGGCGAUGCAGGAAUUGGAAAAUCUAUCUUACUGCAAAAGAUACAAAGUCUUUGGGCCAAAAAACAGUUGGAUGUAGGGGCAAAGUUUUUCUUCCAUUUCCGAUGUAGGAUGUUUAGUUGCUUUAAGGAAGAUGAAGCUGUAUGUUUGAAAGACUUACUCUUCAGAUAUAAUUGCUACCCAGAUCAGGACCCCACAGAGGUGUUCCAUCACAUCUUGCAGUUCCCUCACACGGUUCUUUUCACAUUCGAUGGCUUUGAUGAGAUCUAUUCCAACUUUGAUCUCAGUAGUGUUCCUGAGAUGUGUUCACCCAAUGAACCCGUCCACCCUCUGGUGCUGCUGGUAAGCCUUCUCAGAGGAAAGCUUCUUAAGGGAUCCAAGAAAAUUCUUACAGCACGGACAGGAACUGAAAUCCAAAGAAAUAUCAUUAGAAAGAAAGUGUUGCUUCGUGGUUUCUCCAGCAAUAACCUGAAGGAAUACACUGCCUUGGUUUUUAAAGAUGCGGGGCAGCGAACGCUGAUACUGAACCAGCUGGAAGCUAAUCCCAACCUCUGUAGUUUGUGUUCAGUGCCUUUAUUCUGUUGGAUUAUCUUUAAAUGUUAUGAACAUUUCCACUCCAUGUUUGACAGCCAUGAGCUUCCAGACUGUUCUGUUACAUUGACAGAUGUAUUUUUGCUCAUGAUUGAAGUCCAUCUAAACCGGUCUCUGAAAACAAGUUUGCUGAAGAACAACGUCAGGAGCCAAGCAGAGGUGUUCAAAUCAAGAAAGGAAACUCUUCUAGCUUUGGGUAAAAUUGCAUACAAAGGGAUGAGGAACUCUAUCUUUGUCUUUGAGCAAGAGGAGGUCUCAUCAGCGAACAUCUCUGAAGAAGAUUUGCAGUUGGGUUUUCUCAGGACAGUUAAAGGUUACAGUGGCUGUGACGAUCAAUCCACUUAUGAGUUCUUGCACUUAACCCUUCAGUCUUUUUUCACCGCUUUGUACCUAGUUAUGGAAGAGAGAGUGGGGAUUAAGGAGUUACUUCAGUUUUUCAGUGAAUGCUCCUCUGCUGAGACUGCCCAGCAUACUUGCUUUCACAUUCCUUGGCUGAAGAAACCACUCACAGGGGAGGAUCCUUUCCGAAACAAUGAACACUUCCAUUUUACCAAUCUUUUCCUUUGUGGCCUGCUUUCCAGAUCCAAGGAGAAGCUCUUCAAACAAUUAGUUUUGCCUGCAGUCAUUAGAAAGAAGAGGAAGACACUCAUCACAUACCUUGGGGGGAGCAUGAAAUCCCAUCUGAAGGGUGUCACUCGGUCCAGGCUUCUAAAGUACAAUCAGGUGCAGGUUCAGCCAAACUUUGUUUGGAUGCUGAGGUGUCUUUAUGAGACUCAAAAUGAGACAGUGGGAAAGCUGGCUGCGAAACGCAUGCAUGCCAAUUACAUCAAGCUUACAUACUGCAAUGCCUACUCUGCUGACUGCAGUGCUAUUUCCUUUGUCGUGCAUCACUUUCAGAAGCGCUUGGCUCUGGAUUUGGACAACAACAACAUCAAUGACUAUGGGGUGAAACAGCUGCUACCGUGUUUCAGCAAGCUUGCAGUCAUCAGGCUCAGUGUAAAUCAGAUCACAGAUCAUGGAGCAAGGAUAUUGUACGAAGAGCUCUCCAAGUACCAAAUUGUAUCUUACUUGGGCUUAUACAACAAUCAGAUCACUGACAUUGGAGCCAAAUAUGUUGCAAAACUUAUUGAAGAGUGUUCAAGCCUUGAAUAUGUUAAAAUAGGAGCAAACAAAAUAACUAGUGAAGGGGGGAAGUGCCUUGCCCAGGCCAUCCAGAAGAACACAAUGAUGUUUGAAAUCGGGAUGUGGGGCAAUCAGGUUGGAGACGAAGGUGCAAAGGCAUUUGCAGAGGCCCUGAGGAACCAUCCGAGGUUGACAAAUGUGAGUCUCGCAUUUAACGGCAUCACAACAGAGGGAGGCAAAAGCAUUGCUGAAGCUUUGCAGCACAACAACUCCGUGAAAAUAUUCUGGCUGACAAAAAAUGAACUGGAUGAUGAGGCAGCAAUGAGUUUUGCAGAGAUGCUGAAGAUCAACAAGAAACUGGUGCAUUUAUGGCUUAUCCAGAAUCAAAUUACAGCCAAAGGAGUGAAGUACCUCAGCGAAGCUCUCAAGGAGAACACAGCCAUCAAAGAAGUCUGUUUGAAUGGGAACCUGAUAAGUCAAGAAGAAGCCAAAGCUUUUGAAAGUGAAGAACGGAUCAUUUGCUUCUGAGUGAGGACUUCCCCAUUUGGACAAGCUUUGUGUUACAGAAGCUGCCACGCUUGGACUGCAGCCUUACAGAGGCAGUGCUCGUGGCAAUGCCUGCUAUCCCUAAUCCUUUUGGUGAGUGGGAAAUUGCCUUGGUGAAUAAUUAAUAUCUGUACAGUGCUUUGAAGAUGGAACACCAAGUGUUAACAGAGGUAAUCCAGGGGCAUGUGUGUGCAUUUUGAUAACUGAGCUCAGAUUUAUUCUAUAUACUGCUGUGAUUAAUCUCUAACUUAUUUAUCUACAUGAAUCUACGCACACACGCCUAUAUGCAACAAGACACAGGCUCCAAAGCACACAGCACUACUUGCCUCGUAACUGAAAAUAAUAGUCUGGAUGGAAACGUAGACUGUCUCAAAAGGCUGCAUGGUACCAAUGCUUUCAGCAUGAAUCCUCCCGUGCCUAGAAAUUAGACCCUCAUUUUCCCACUGACUUACAGCAGUUGUAGGCACUGCGUUUUUUUGGAGAAACGGAUACAUGAGGCUCCAAUUACUUUCCAUAAUCUUUUUUCCAUAUUGAAGCCAAUACAUUUUCUUUUAUACAAAGCAGAAAGCUUCGCUGCCAUUUCUGUAAAAUCGUAACACAGGCAGUAAAACACUUCUGCCUAACAUUUCCUGAGGGCUGCACAAAAACUGCCACCCCCUGUUCUUACAGUGUUUGUUCUGGGGAGAGGGUCUGGAGAUGUAUGUGACAAAUUAAUGAGGGGCUGUGCACUGCCUUGGCUCGUGGCCUGGAUGUGGUGCUGGUGGCAAUACACCAGUGUUAAGUUGCCUGGCUUCAUGGGGAGAAAGAACAACUGAAAAACCAAUGGUGUCAGGUGGAAACCUCUCAGCAACACAUCCACAGAGAUUGCUUGGAAACCUUUUAUCUGACCCUUGAACUAUUGGGAGGCACCAUGCAACGGGGAUAUAGCAAUAAUAAGACCAGCAAGAAAACAUUAUCCCCCUCCAAAAUAAUUAGUGCUCAGGGAGUGUAACUUUAGGAACCUCAAAGGAAGGCAGUUUAAAGAGAAGCAGGCUGUUUGGUUUUUCAGGUUUUUUUUCCUGAUUCCCUUCAUAAAGGGAAUCUCAGAUUCUACCCCCGAUGCACAUGAAGAACCAAAAAAUGGAGGAACACAGUCCAUCCUCUGUCCUUCUUUCAUGUUGUCACCCCUAAGAACUUUACAGACCAACGCUCCUGCUGCUGAUGUCCCCACAAAACAUUGGUGGGCUAGAAGAACCACCUUCCAUCAGAGUGCCAAGUCCCAUUUCCUGCAAAGACAAACACAAAAGGCUCUCUGGGUAGGUGAGAGUUUCUCCUUAUCCUGCCUGGAAGCAGCCCUCAGUUGUGUUUCACUCCCCAGCUCCCUAACAUAUAAAAUGUUAUAACACAGUAACACUGCUUUUCACAAAAAGAACAGUUUAAGAAAAAAUUAUAUAGAGAAAUAUAUAAAUAUAUAAAUAUCCACAUGAAAACCAAUGUACCAAACAUUACUCAUCAGUGGCUUUUCCACCCUGCCUGUGCUGCCAGCACUGGCUACUCAGAGGUAGACAGGAAGGUGAGGCUCUCAGGCUGUGCCAGCUAACAGGAAUGGUUUCUGCACCUGAGCCAUUUGUUUACUGAGAACAUGAGAGUCUCUUGGGCUGCAGCAGGUUGAGGCAGCCUCAGAGCUGGCAGAUAGAGCAAACAAGCCCACCGUGGCACAGCCCAGAACUGAUGAUGGUGCCAGGUGCACCCAUUCAUCUCAGAGCACAUUUCAGGUUGCAAAAGCUUGCUUGGGCCAGUCCCAAGGUCAGGGCACUGCUCAGGCUGCUUUGGCAGGAGCAGCCAAGGCAGGGGACAGCCUCAUUCAUCAACUUACGGCCAGAGCUAGAAAAGCUAGCAGCUGCUGCAGGCAGGCUGAGUAUCCUCGUGAGUUGGCUUGGCAUGUGGGGCUGCAUUCCCUUCCUUGAAGUCUUACCAGGCUACUUGUAGAGAGCUUCUGAUCUUGGCUUCACAGCAAGAGCCAUCUGUGCUUAAAUUCAGACACAAGUAUAACUUCUAUUUUUUAAAGACUUGAUAAGAUGUUCUCUGUAUGCAGCAUUAUGUUUUUUCUACUUGUCCUCUGUGACAACAAACAACUUUAUAAAGAACCCCAACAGCUUUCUGCAAGAUCUUUGGCUUUGCUGACACUGCUGAGCAGCCCCAUGGCUGGACUGAGGCAGGAAUGAGGCUGUCCAGCUAAUUCUGGCUGCCGCAGACAGGGGAGAUCUGCCACUCGCUUGACCUUGCACAGGGCCACAGACUUACCAACUGGUGAAACGGGUCUUAGAAGCCAGCAGCAGUGGCUGAACACGAAGGAGCUGUCUCUUGCUUUGGUAGGUGGGAACAGAAUACAAGGACCAAGCUGGGUGAAAACAGCAGCCAGGCUGGGAGCCACACUGAGCACUGAGCCAUAGACAGCAGUUCCUGUUGGUUUGUUCAGGGGUCAGAACAGGUGAGGCCUCUCAAACUGUGUUUACGUGGCAGCACUGCACCAUUGCUCCCUGCCAGCCAACAAGCUGUGAAGUUCUGAAGUAACUUACCCUGGGGUAUACAGCAAAACUUGAAAGGAGGGUCAGCGUUCUGUAGAAAAUAGCAACUGCAUUUUAGGGAAUGGCCACGUGUGGAGACAGCCCCCAAGCUCCAGUGAGCCCAUGGCAAACAAUUAAACUGCUGCCUACCAUGUGAGUGCCAGAGUUUGGCCCGUGCAGGAAGCAGCGGCUUAAUCGGCUGCAAUAGCCUUGCCAGGAGGCUGGGAGGCCUCAUGCCGGAGCAAAUAAAGCCUGCAGGCGUUUGUGCUCCUGCUACCUGCCAGGCAUUUAAUCCCGACUCUGGCAGAUGUUAAUCCUGGCACGGGUGGCUCCUAAAGAGCUUUCCUCUGAACUGGUCACCAGGUGCCCCGGGCAGGGAGCGGGGUGAGGAGGCCUUGCCGCAUGGCCCACGGUGGGACUUCCAGUCGGUGCCAAAGCCCACAGGCUGUGGGUUUUCCUUCUAACAUUCAGAGCCCGCUUACAGAACCAGCCAGGAGGGGAGGGGAGAAGAGCCUUGGUUAAAAUUUAAACACUUGUUCAAACAAAGACAUCAGUAACCAGGGCAAAAAGGAAAAGCAGGACAGGAGCCUGACACAAAGCAUGGCUCUGAGCACAAGGGGCCGAGGCCAGCGAGCACCUGCAGCCCCACCGAGCUCGGCCAAGGGCCCAUCCCCAUGCUUUUAAUAUCUGUCUCUAUUCUGCUGCCUUUAUGAGGAGUGAGUCAUCAUGCGUCAGCCGACGAUGGGCUUUACACAAUUAUUUAUUUAUGUUGAACCCUCUUCCCCACCCCCGCACAUCCCUGAUCUCAUCCCCCUCAGAAAACAGAUGCUUUAUGGAACAAGAGUGGAAAGCUCCAUCCCAAAGGCAGCCCGUUGUCACUGCACACAGGCACAGCUGCCCACCAGGUGGGACAGGGCCAGGCACCUGCACUGGCACGCAGAGCCCUGGACAGAGCAUGAAGCUCUCAAAAACCAGGAUGGAAAAUGUCCCUACCCAGCCCCAGCUACCACAAGAACUCUCCCUGAUAUAUCCCUUGGCCAUCAGCCACACGUUCUCCUCCCCUUGCUGCUCAAAGCAGUGCUGCAUCAGGAAACAAACACUCAGCUUCUGGUAUGGGACGCUGCAGGCAAACAGCCUGCAGCCAUGCUGGUGGCCCCAGAGCAGCCCGGUGUCACUGCUGUCCCCAGGGUGAGCAGCCAGGGCAGAGCUGGCACUGUAGGCUGCAGGGAGAACGGGGGGCCAGCAGGGGCCACUGAGUUGGAUUUCCCAUGUGAAAUCCCCUACCUGCUGGAAUGGACUCACUCCAGACUUUCCCAAUGCAACACCAAAUCCUGCUCUCACUGCUCACGUCACUCAUAGCAAGGCUCUGAUUUCAUGGGCCUAAGAGCAGAACACAGGAGUUAGUGGUGAGAAAGGAACUCAUCCUUCCUAGAAGGCAACAGGAGAAAAAAAUUCCUCUAAGAGAAAGGAACUCAUUCCUCAGCACUGACACCCAGCUGUCUCCAUGUUAAAACUCAUUUCCCAAGGAGAGAAAGCUGCAAGGUGGCAACUGUGCCUUAGCAUGCUGCCCCAGGAAACGCAAAGCAGCGGACAACCAGCCCCAGGACAUCUGUGCUGAACGCCCUGCCCUGCUCUGGGAGCAGCGGGGCACCACAAGCAGGUGCUUCCUGUCUGCAGGGUGAACUCGCUGCCUGCACACAACCCCUGGUAAUGCGCUUCGGGUUUGCUCAGAGCAGCCGCAGCCUCUCCCCAGCUAGGUGAUGGCAGUGGGGAAAACCAGCAUAGCAUCGCCUGCACAUCCGCAGCUCUUCACCUCUUCAAACCACCCGUGCGCUUCCCAUCUCGGGUUGGCAGAUGGGGCAGCUCUAAAUGCUAAUCUCAACGGCCAUUACGCUCUUAAGGAGCGCCAGAGCAGCCAACCACAGCCCAGCCACCUCGCACAAAAUGGCGUCGCCAUGGCCAGCAGCCCGGGGCACGAGUGCUGCUGGCUCCUACCUGCACUCAGCGCCCACUGCUCCUCCAGCCAGGGGAACCCACUGCUCCUCCUUCCUCUGCAGCACAGGCGUGCAGCAGCUGUUGCCACGUUCAGCAGGACUUUACAACAAAAGUCACCUGGAAGUGCAGAGAGAGCUGUGCUUCAAAAGAUUUAUUACAUAUAUUUGUACAUAUUUUACAUGAAUGGAAUGUUAACGUACAACCUAAAAAUCAAUAAAAAAAUAUUUUCAUCCACGAUUACGUACUGGCAGACCAUCGAAAAGAGUACCUUAGAACAACUGAAGUCAACUUGCAAUCAUACUGCUCAAUUAAAAAAAAAAAAUAAA